GCCAGUCUUUGCAAAGGGGACUUUAAAAGUGGCAGCGAGGGUAAGCCAGCCAUCACCUAAGCAGCACCUUGUGGACAGUGCCCUGGCUCCAGCCCUCCUCUGGACACUCAGCGGACUCUGCUCCAUUCCCCUCCCUGUCCCCUGGAAAAUCUGCUACCUCCAAGCCUGGAGAGAGAGAGGGAGGGGGCACUGGAGAAGAGACAGCACAAGGCUGGCUGUGAGUGCUCAGGAGCUCAGCACUGGCUGACUUGCUUGCUGCAAGUUGGGUGGCCUGAAGACCCCACCGAGGACUUUCUUUGGAAAUUUUGCUUGUCUUUUUGCCUUCCUUUGCACUACAUACCUACCUAGCAGGUCAGCCCUGGCCAAAAGCUGUGAUGACCCUAUCUGGAGGCAGCAGUGAUAUGUCCGGCCAGACGGUGCUGACCCCUGAAGAUGUGGACAUUGAUGUGGUGGGAGAAGGGGACGAGUCCCUGGACAAGGAUAGUGACUGUGAGAGCCAUCAUGAACCUAUGGAGGAUGUGGAGGAUCUCGGGGGGAAGGAACUGAUAAGAAGCCCCUCAGACAGCAGCACCCAUGAAGCAGAGGGCAAAGGAGACCUUCAGGAGGGGAAUGCAACCAUCCAGAGCAAACCCAAAAACAGCCUGGUGAAGCCCCCUUACUCCUACAUCGCCCUGAUCACCAUGGCCAUCCUGCAGAGCCCCCAGAAGAAGCUGACCCUCAGUGGCAUCUGUGAGUUCAUCAGCAAUCGCUUCCCUUACUACAGAGAGAAGUUCCCAGCCUGGCAGAACUCCAUCCGACACAACCUGUCCCUCAAUGACUGCUUUGUCAAGAUCCCCAGAGAACCUGGCAACCCAGGCAAGGGCAACUACUGGACCCUGGACCCCCAGUCUGAAGACAUGUUUGACAAUGGCAGCUUCUUGAGGAGAAGGAAAAGGUUUAAGAGGCACCAACCCGACAACCUGAGGGACCAGACUGCGCUGAUGAUGCAGAGUUUUGGAGCUUACAGCCUGGCCAGCCCCUAUGGCAGGCACUAUGGGCUUCACCCUGCAGCCUACCAUCACCCAGCUGCAUUGCAAUACCCCUAUAUACCCCCUGUUGGGCCCAUGCUGCCCCCAGCUGUCCCCCUAUUGCCUUCCACUGAACUCAGCAGGAAAACCUUCAACUCCCACCUCAGUCCCAGCCUCCAGCUGCAGCUGAACAGCCUGAGCACUGCAGCCUCCAUCAUUAAGUCAGAGCCCAGCAGCAGACCCUCCUUCAGCAUAGAGAACAUUAUUGGGGUAUCAGCAGCCUCCUCUGUGGGGGCACAAACUUUCCUGAGACCUCCAGUGACUGUGCAGUCAGCCCUGAUGAGCCACCAGCCCCUGUCACUCAGCAGAAGCACUGCCACCAUCACCCCAAUAUUAAGUGUCCCCACAAACCUCCUAUCAGGACAGUUCCUCCCUACAGCAGCCACUGCAGUAGCCAAAUGGCCGGCGCAAUAAUCCCCGGCAAACAAAAAAAAAGACUAGAGCGACCCGCAAAAAAUAAACCCAUGAGAAGGGACUGCUGUCUUGUAUCUGUACAUCCCGGAAUGCAUUGUGUGCAGGUAAAAACUAAGUAUUUGUAUCAAACAAAUUACAGCAAAUCCUUAUAUUUGAACGAUUUUCCUUCCUGGGUUUUUAUUUUUGUAAGAAAAUUGUAGAUUUCCAGCACUGAGCUUUCAUUUUUGUUGAAGGUUCAUUUUAGGGAAAACGAAAAAAAAAAAAAAAUGUAUAAAAGAAAAUUUUAAAUAAUACAUUUUCAAGAAAAUGGUAAAAAAGGCGAAAAUCUAAAAGCAAGUCUGUUUCUAGAUGAAUGAAAAGUCUAUGUAUCUA